CUCUUCUUUCUUCUUGCCUUCCAGGUGAAGGGCCCAGGCAUUGGGCUUCUGGGCUUUUCUUUAGGGGCUGAUAUUUGUCUUUCUAUGGCCUCAUAUUUGAAAAACAUCUCAGCCACAGUUUCCAUCAACGGAUCUGGGUUCAGUGGAAACAAACCCAUACAGUACAAGCAGACGUGCAUCCCACCAUUGAACCAUGAUUUUAGAAGACUCAAGGUAGCCUUCUCAGGCCUCCUGGACAUUGUGGAUAUACGAAAUGAUGUUAUAGGAAGGCAUGAGAACCCCAGCAUGAUUCCAAUAGAGAAAGCCCAGGGGCCCAUCCUCUUCAUCGUUGGUCAGGAUGACCAUAACUGGAGGAGUGAGUUAUAUGCCCAAAUAGCCUCUGAACGGUUACAGGCCCAUGGAAAGGAAAAACCCCAGAUCCUCUCUUAUCCUGGGACUGGGCAUAAUAUUGAACCUCCUUACUUCCCCCUAUGCCCCGCUUCUGUGCACAAAUUACUGAACAAACCUAUAAUGUGGGAUGGGGAGCCCAGGGCUCAUGCUAGGGCUCAGGAAGAUUCAUGGAAACAAAUUCUAACCUUUUUCUGCAAACAUCUUGGAGGUACCCAGAAUAUAGCUUCCCCUAAAUUGUAAUGUGUUGGUCUGUUACUGACAUGAGAAAUUCAAGGUCAGACUCUGGUUUUCAGUAAUCAUAUGUGUAUCAG